AUGGCACCAAUUCCUUCCCAUGUAUUGACUUUUGCACUGCCGUCAAUAAUAUUAGUUGCUCUAUGCAGUUUAUCAGAUUGCUAUGAUCCGUUGGAUCCAAAUGGAAACAUUACCGUUACUUUCGACAUUCAUCAAUACACAAGUGAUGGCUAUGUGGCAAGAGUUACCAUCCAAAAUUACUAUCAGUAUCGGCAUGUGGACAAACCUGGGUGGACUCUAGGGUGGACAUGGGAAGGAAAUGAAGUGAUUUGGUCAAUGAGUGGUGCCUUUGCCACCCAGCAAGGAAAUUGCUGGGCCUUCAAAACACCAGCACACUGCUGCAACAAAGACCCUGUCAUACUUGAUCUCAUGCCAGAGGCCUUGCCAGAAAACAGGUCAGAAGACUGCUGCCGUGGUGGUCUUCUUUCUGCAUGGGCUAUCAACCCUUCCAAAUCAUUCUCUUCCUUUGAAAUUACAGUUGGCAACUUGGGGGAAAAUUCUACUUGGUUCCCACCUCAAAAUCUUACUUUAAUGGAACCAGGUCCUGGUUACACUUGUGGCCAAGUUUUGGACACUGAUCCCACAGUUUCUUCAGAUUUGGGGGGUAGAAGACAAGUUCAGGUUUACAGAACGUGGAGAUCAACAUGCACUUACUCGAGCUUUCUGGCUAACAAAACACCAAUGUGUUGUGCAUCACUGUCGACAUUUUACAGCCCCACCAUCACAUCAUGCCCCAAGUGCAGCUGUGGAUGCAGAGAGGCAGCAGACAAAAGAACAGGUUUUUGCAUAAGUGACAGUAACCUCUUAUCGAAAAAGGCCAAUACUCCUGACAUAGUUCAAUGCACUGAUCACAUGUGUCCGGUUGGAGUUCAUUGGCAUAUUAAGAACAAUUACAUGAAUCAGUGGAGGGUAAAACUAACAAUCUCUAACUACAACUAUCAAAGAAACUUCUCAGACUGGAAUGUGCUGGUUCAGCAUCCUGGUUUCAGCCAAACUGCAACAGCAUACAGCUUCAACAGUACAAUACUUCCCACUGUUGGGUUUGGAGAUGAAGUUGCUCUCUUGUGGGGAAUAGAGUACUACAAUACUGAACUGUUGAAUUUUGAUGGGGAUCAACUGGGUUCAGUGACCACAGAGAUACUUCUGGACAAGGAUGCAGACACAUUUACAUUAAGCAACGGAUGGGCUUUCCCUCCAAGAAUAUAUUUCAAUGGUGAGAAUUGUGAAAUGGCUCUCCCAGACACUUUCCCAGUGCUACCAAAUGGCAGCCCCAGUUUGAGAUCAACUUACUGCCAAAUCCUUUCAGUAUUUUUUACUUUUAUAACACUCUGGUUACUUGGUUUUUAUCAAUAA